AUGGUUCCUGCGCCGCAUACACAACAUUCUCCCAGCUCCACAAUGCUGAACAGUUCGUCAACAACUGCUCAUGCAGCGCCCAGCACAAAUGGUGACGUUCACGCGCCGAAAGACCACCACCUUUCCUCUCCGUCAGACACAGUCUCCGCACCGGUAAACCGAAAGAAGCAGAAACGCAGACAAAAACAGGCAGCUCGCCUGGCCGAGCGUCAACUAGCAAACGGACAUGUAUCGACGGAUGACACUACUCAGAACGGAUCCAGUCAUGCUAAUCCAGAACGUUAUCAUUCCGACGAUGGUGGCGCUGACGGACCCGACCACGAACAGCCCACGAACGGUGACGUAUAUGAUAAGGAUGGUCAGGAUUCGAUGGAUGCCCACGUUGAUUCACAAAAUCCCCAAGGGCCCAACGGCACGGAGAGCUCUCAGAAAUCGACAGGCCGCAAAUCGAAGAAAAAGAAAGGGAAAAAAGCGCGUAAUAAUUCUCACGCGCAAGGAGACGAAACCUCGACUCCCAUGUCCACCCCUUCCGUUUCGAUGUCGCACCCUUUGCCGCCACCUCUCCCCUCACAUCUCGCGUCUCACAAUAUUUUGAAGCCUGCCAAAAACCGCAGCAUUUGGAAUACAUCUACUCAGGAAGAACGUGAGAAUAUUAAGACGUUCUGGCUCGAGCUAGGAGAAGAGGAGCGACGGCAGCUCGUCAAGGUGGAAAAGGAUGCCGUUCUGAAAAAGAUGAAGGAGCAACAACGCCAUUCGUGCAGUUGUACGGUAUGUGGGCGAAAGCGAACGGCUAUCGAGGAGGAGCUCGAGGUUCUCUACGAUGCCUACUACGAAGAGCUAGAACAGUACGCCAAUCACAAUCAAGGAUCGUUUGAAAAAGGUUCCCCUAUGGUACCGCCGCCACGGUUGUACCAACCUCCACUACGAUCUCCCGGUCAACAUACCCGAACGCAAGGCCAAUUUCAUCCUUCACGAGGUCGCAUUCAUGAACUGACAGAAGAAGAUGAUGAUUUGGAGGAGGACUACGAUGAGGAGGAAGAUGACGGGGAUGAGCCUUACAGUGACGAAGAACUUGACGAAGAAGACGAGGAAACUCGUGCAGCUCGCGCAGAUUUCUUUGCCUUCGGUAAUAGCUUAACAGUUAAAGUUGCAGACGAUCUACUGAAGAAUGAUGGGAAACACUUCAUCGACAUGAUGGAGCAGUUGGCCGAACGUCGAAUGCAACGGGAAGAAGAUACCCAGUACGGCAUAGCUGCUGCGCACGAAUCCCUUCAUAGCGGUCACAAUCAUGGUCCAUUCGACGACGAAGAUUACGACGACGAGGAAGACGAGGACUAUGACAGUCAAGAGGAAGAGGAUUACGAGGAAGAUGAAAUGGAUGCCAUGACAGAAGAACAACGCAUGGAAGAAGGCCGACGAAUGUUUCAAAUAUUUGCGGCCCGAAUGUUCGAGCAACGCGUCCUGACCGCAUACCGAGAAAAGGUCGCCGAGCAACGGCAACAGAAGUUGAUCGAAGAACUCAUGGAGGAGGAGACUCGGAACGAACAGCGAAAUGCUAAAAAAGCUCGGGAAGCGCAGAAACGGAAAGACAAAAAGAGACUUCAGAAACAGGCCAAGGAAGAGGAACGCGCGCGCCGGGAAGCGGAGAAGGCUGCAGAGGAAGCAGCUGCCAAGGCGGAACAGGAGAAGAAACUUGAGGAACAGCGAAAGAAACGGGAGGAGCAGCGGAAGAAGAAAGAAGCAGAACGGAAGGCCCAAGAAGAGGAGCGUGCGCGCAAAGAGGCGGAAAAGCUUCGACGUCAGCGUGAGGAACGAGAGCGACAGGCCGAAGCGGAGCGGAAGCAGCGCGAGGAGAAGAAACGACGCGAAGAGGCCCGGCGGAAAGAAAAAGAAGAGCGCGAAUUGCGGGAAAAGAAGGCAAAGGAAGAGCGCGACCGCAAGGCUCAGGAGGAACAAGCCAAGAAGGAUACAGCAAAGGGCGGAGAGGAAGCCAAAGAUCAGGAGAAGCGUGAUGAUCAAGCCAAACGGUCGUCGCAACAGGGACCUGUCCCUAUUCCGUCGAAUUUACAUCAUCUUCAGGGCUUUUCCCCGGCUGUCGCUCAUUCGCCGCACGUCCCAUCCGCAACACCUGUGUUACCUAAAGCUCCUACUCCUGCCAGACCCCGUCAGCCAUCCCAACAAGACUCUCAUUCCUCCUCGCCACACUCCCAAGCCCCUAGCACCGACCCGUCGCAGGCCUCCCUUUCUCCUCGUUCGAUGCCCGUGUCUCAGUCAUCGGGAGUUGCCAGUGGGAAUUCGCAACAAGGCCACGGACUGCAUGCAAUGCUUCAUCAACCUCAGCCUUCUACGCCCUUGUCCCCCUUAGGCAGAUCCAUUCCUCCUGGAUUCUCGAGCGUCAACGGAAUACCACCUAACCCCCCGGGCUUAUCUGGAAUGGUCGCGCGACCACCAGUUGGACAUGAUCUGCCCAGUUAUCCGCCGCAUUCGGGACCUUUCAUCAGUCCUUUCCGUGGCUAUCCAGCACCAAGCGGAAUCCCCGCACCCCCAGGUAUCAAUGGGGCACGUCCAAUGCCGCCUGGGCGCGGAUUCCCGCUUGAGCCCGGACAAGGGUUUGCGUUCCAUGGCCAGCAGAUUCCUGGAGCUUUCUCGACGCCGCAGGGUGGAUUGCCCCACCGCCAUUCCAGGCAACCCUCCGGCUCACUUGAGAGGUCACCUCUGGAGAAUCACGCACAGCCUAUGCCAAUUUCGCGGCCUAGCCCUAUCAAACGACCAUCCAGCACCCAACAGGACCAGCAGAAGGGUGGUGAUCGCACCACACAACGAGAUGUGGAUGAUUUGAGCGCCCAUCUUGGUAGCAGUGCUCUCCUUGAUGACACUGAUGUUCCUCUCUCCUCGACUCUGUCGCAGUCGCUACCAGGUGCUACAGCACCCGGCACUUUUCCAGGACCGGCGCGGGCCAGUUUCGGUGGACCAUCUCUGUUUCCGGAUCCCCUCAGUGCAUCAAAACACGCCAAUUUCGCGGUGAGUCCUGCAGUAAGCGGUGGCACAUGGGGUGCACAGAUCCCUUUCGGGACGUCUGCUUUUCCCAGUGCUCAGACUUGGGGAACCGGACACGCGAGCGGUUGGUCUAACAACGCAUUUGGGUCCGGAGGCCACCACCGUGCUCACACAUCCCGGCCUGUCGCCAUUCGGCUGUUAGUCAUCCAGGCCUGUAAACAGCUCAAUACUAUGAGUCCUUUCAAGGGUGCGGACGGCUAUCAUGACGUGAACCUCGUUCUUCGCCAGGUUGAGCAGCUGAGGCCACAAAACGAGCCUUCGAUCUCCUUGAAAGAGAUGCUAGAUAUUUGCGAUACGGAAGGCAACACGCAGAAUGGUGGGGGUACCUUCUCGAUCAAGAAGGACGAGACGCGGGAGUUUGUCAAGUUUGAGCCGGACAACAACAGUGCCGCUUCAGGUCACAGGGGCAGCAUCGUUCCCGGAGAGAUUGGCAGCCCAGUCCCGAGCAGUAGUCUGCCAGCGUUUGGCGGAAUUGGGACACCAUCAGUGCUGCGCCAGUAUUCUUCUCCACCAAUGGGUUUCUAA